UCGCGGCGGAACGCGACUGGGCGGUGGAGUGCGGGCCCGGCGGGCGCGGGCAGUUUACCGAGCGCUUCCGGUGCUUGUGGUCGUCCGGAGGCGCAGCAGGGCACCACGUGUGCGAUGGCCUCGCUGGUGGCUUACGAGGACUCCGACCCCGAGGCCGAGCCUGAGCCUGGCGGAGCGGGCAGCAGUGACUGUUGGGGUGCAGCCGCGCCCCCCGGGCCAGGCGUCCCGUCUGGUGCUGCGGAGUUGAGGUUCCAGGGGGCGCCGCACCCGGGGCCCGGUCCCGGCCGCCCCCUGCAAGCCGCUCCGAGCCCCCCGGGCCGCCUUGCCCGCUUCCUGGGCCCAGGACCAGGCUGCAGCCCCGGGCGGCCCCGCCGGGCCCCUGCACAAGCGCAGGAGCGAGGACUGCGUGGUGCCCUACACCCCCAAGAGGCUGAGGCAGGCGGCGGCCACGGAGCCGGUUCGGGAGCCUCAGGGGCCCCCUGAGGGCAGUGCCCCGGCCCCGCUCCGCCUGGCCCCCGGGGCGUGCGAGGCGAUCCGGCCGCAUCUGAACAGCCCGCGCAGAGAGACCCGGGUGCCCAGGACCGUGCUGUGCCGCCUGUGGGGCCACCAGGGCCCCGUCAACAGCAUCCAGUGGUGCCCGGUGCCGGCCCGCAGCCAGCUGCUGCUCUCCACGUCCAUGGACCGGACCUUCAAGGUGUGGGACGCCGUGGACUCGGGGCGCUGCCUGCAGACCUACUCCCUGCACAGCGAGGCGGUGCGAGCGGCCCGAUGGUCGCCCUGCGGCCAGCGCAUCCUCAGUGGCGGUUUCGACUUCGCCCUGCACCUGACAGACCUCGAAACAGGAACCCAGCUAUUUAGUGGCCGAAGUGACUUUAGAAUCACUACCUUGAAAUUUUAUCCCAAAGACCACAACAUUUUUUUAUGUGGAGGCUUCAGCUCUGAAAUCAAGGCUUGGGACGUAAGGACCGGCAAGGUGGUGAGAGGCUACAAGGCGACCAUCCAGCAGACCCUGGACAUCCUCUUCCUGCAGGAAGGCUCCGAAUUCCUGAGCAGCACGGACGCCUCCACCCGGGACUCUGCGGACCGCACCAUUAUCGCCUGGGACUUCCGGACCUCCGCCAAAAUCUCCAACCAGAUUUUCCAUGAGAGGUACACCUGCCCCAGCCUCGCACUGCACCCGCGGGAGCCUGUGUUCCUGGCGCAGACCAACGGCAACUACCUGGCCCUCUUCUCUGCGGUGUGGCCCUACCGGAUGAGCCGACGGCGGCGCUACGAAGGGCACAAGGUGGAAGGCUACGCCGUGGGCUGUGAGUGCUCCCCCUGCGGUGACCUGCUGGUGACGGGCAGCGCUGAUGGCCGGGUCCUGAUGUUCAGUUUCCGCACUGCCAGCCGGGCGUGCACGCUGCAGGGACACACGCAGGCCUGCGUGGGCACCACCUACCACCCCGUGCUGCCCUCCGUCCUCGCCACCUGCUCCUGGGGAGGCGACAUCAAGAUCUGGCACUGAUGCCGGCGCAGCCCGGCACUGAGGAGAACUUUGGGUCAGCCCUUGGCACGGGCUGCCUCAGUUUCCGCAUCGGUCUCAGGGUUGUAAGGGUCACGUGAAUGAAAGCGCCUGCCGGGUGCGGCCCAGUGAA